AUGGUCACGCCGUCGGGUUUGGAGGAUGCGGUGUCUCGGUCCCACGGCGAAGGGGCUGGGGAGGCGGUGGUGGAGCGGGGGCCCGGCGCGGCCUACCACAUGUUCGUGGUGAUGGAGGACCUGGUGGAGAAGCUGAAGUUGCUCCGCUACGAGGAGGAUCUCCUCCGGAGGAACAACCUGAAGCCCCCGUCCAGACACUAUUUUGCACUGCCUACCAACCCCGGUGAACAGUUCUACAUGUUUUGCACUCUUGCUGCUUGGUUGAUUAACAAAGCAGGACGCCACUUUGAGCAGCCUCAGGAAUAUGAUGACCCUAAUGCAACAAUAUCUAACAUAUUAUCUGAGCUUCGAUCAUUUGGGAGAUCUGCAGAUUUUCCUCCUUCAAAAUUAAAGUCUGGUUAUGGAGAGCAUGUAUGCUAUGUUCUUGACUGUUUAGCUGAAGAAGCAUUAAAAUAUAUUGGUUUCACCUGGAAAAGACCAACAUACCCAGUGGAAGAAUUAGAAGAAGAAACUGUUCCAGAAGAUGAUGCAGAAUUAACAUUAAAUAAAAUGGAUGAAGAAUUUGUGGAAGAAGAGACAGAUAAUGAAGAAAACUUUAUUGAUCUCAAUGUUUUGAAAGCUCAGACCUAUCGUUUGGAUUUGAACGAGUCUGCCAAACAAGAAGAUAUUUUAGAAUCUACAACAGAUGCUGCAGAAUGGAGUCUAGAAGUGGAACGUGUACUACCACAACUGAAAGUCACGAUUAGGACUGACAAUAAGGAUUGGAGAAUCCAUGUUGACCAAAUGCACCAGCACAAAAGUGGAAUUGAAUCUGCUCUAAAGGAGACCAAGGGAUUUUUGGACAAACUCCAUAAUGAAAUUGGAAGGACUCUGGAGAAGAUUGGCAGCCGAGAAAAGUACAUCAAUAGUCAGCUUGAGCACUUGGUUCAAGAAUAUCGUGCAGCUCAAGCUCAGCUGAGUGAGGCAAGGGAGCGAUACCAGCAAGGAAAUGGCGGAGUGACUGAGAGGACCAGACUGCUGUCUGAGGUUACCGAAGAACUAGAAAAGGUAAAGCAAGAAAUGGAAGAAAAAGGUAGCAGCAUGACUGAUGGUGCUCCUUUGGUAAAGAUUAAACAGAGCUUAACAAAGCUGAAGCAGGAAACUGUUCAGAUGGACAUUAGAAUCGGUGUUGUGGAACACACAUUACUCCAAUCACAGCUGAAGGAGAAAUCGAACAUGACUAGGGACAUGCAUGCAACAAUCAUUCCAGAAUCUGAAAUGGGUUCUUAUUAA